CCAAACCACCCACCCAUCUACAAACAACUUUCACUCGAAGCAGUGUGAACCCCUCCAAAUCGCAUUCUAAAACGUUCGCGGUUUUCAUCCCGCACGCGCGACAUACGCUACACCCAGUCGCAACCAUGGACGCCGCCACCCAGUCCCCCAUCACCGUCAUCGUCGAUAGCAUCCGCGGGCAGAACAUCGCCUUUGCAACGCAAAAGGAUGCGCCUCUUACUUCCAUCUACGACACACUCUACGAGCGCGCACCAUGGGUCCAGAACUCAUCCUACAUCCUGACCACCAACUCGCGCCGCUCCGUACGCCAUGACGCCGCGCCCGUGUCGUCGCUUCUAUCUUCGCCUACAGACACCUUCCUGUCUUUACGCCUGACUGUACCGCUGUGUGGUGGCAAAGGUGGUUUCGGAUCCAUCUUGCGCGCCCAAGGUGGUCGCAUGUCCUCGCGCAAGAAGAAGCAGGGCGACGUGAACGGAUCAUCCCGAAACUUGGACGGGCGACGCCUGCGCACAGUCACUGAAGCCAAGGUGCUUGCCGAAUACCUCGCAAUCAAGCCAGAGAUGGAGCAGCGCGAAAAGGAGGAGCGACGGAAAAAGUGGGAGGACAUUGUGGCUAGCACUGAGCGAAAGCAAGAAGAGCUUCAGAACAGCAGGGGCACAGCACGUCUCGAUGGAAAGUGGGUUGAGGAUAAAGAGGAAGCAGAGAACAAGACGCGAGAAGCUAUCGAGAAGAUGCUCAUGGGGCAACGAGACAGCUCAGAGGAAGAAGACGACGAGGCUCAACCAAUCGCUUCUUCGUCGAAACCUGCACAGCAACGGGCCAUGUUUGGGUGGGAUGACGAAGAUGAUGAGUUCAUGAGCGACAGCGAAGAAGAGGAUGAGGUUUCUGAGGAGGACGUGAAGCCAGUGGUCGAAGGAAAAGGGAAAGGCAAGGCUGUCUGAGAUUUGUCUUGUAGCCUAAAAAGUCGCGGAGGCAUUUUGAUUUGAGCAGCAUAUAAAGGCGUUACGGACAAGCUACACUAUAGAUACCCCAUACCAAUACACAUACUCUUAACACAUCAGGCGUACUCGUUCAGCUCCGUGAGUUCGGCAUCGUUCUGAUACAAAUCGGCAGAAUCAUGAACUGGCACUCUUAUACCCAGGACCCUUACAUUCGUCUUAUCAUCAUGUGUUCGCAUGCUUUCAUUAGCCGACGGAUAACCUGCAUAUUAGAAAGCGGGAUAGUCCCGCACUACUGUUAUCGGACAUCCGACCCGCCCCUUCCCUACG